CUGGCCCCAUCGUAUUCCUGGAGCGUGAGGCCGCGGCGAGGGCUGCUGGUGAGCGGGCAGAUGCCAGCCAGAAUGCAGCUCCUUAUCAGAUGUAACGGGAGGAUUUUCCUGGCUGUUUGUUUAAUCCUCUUUGUGGGAUACACAGCACAAGGUGCUCCGGUGCAGAAGGCGCGGUACAAGAGAGUGAGGUGCCGACCUGAUGCCUGGUCUGCUAACUGCAUUGAAGAGAAGGGGCCCUGGUUUUAUAUGCCCACCGGUGGAGCCAACAGGAUUCUUCCUCCCAUGGCAGACCCAUCCCUGAUGAAGCGAUACCAGGAGCUGAGUGACACGUUCCCACUCUCGGAUGAAGAGUCCGGCUCUGGGUCCAACGCCAUGGCGGAAGCAGAGCCAGCCUCUGGGUCAGGCCUUGGCGAUGGCUUCAGCUUCUCCAAGGAAAACCUGCCUGCCGUCCUAGCAGGCCUGCAAGGUGGUGAGCUGAAGCAGAAGCUAACAGAGGAGGAUUUGUUCCUGUAGGUCUGGAAACGUUGGUGUCCUGGCGAUGGGGGUGAUGGGGCUGAUGGGGAGGAUGGCGGCCUGCCUCGCUCCUUCCCAGUGCCUGACCUCGUGUGAUGGCCACAACGGGGUUUUAAACCAAGUACAAAUCAAUAAAAGCUUUGCCU